UUUUAGCCACUUCUUUUCCUUCUUCUCUUCGUCUUGUUCCUCGUCUUCUUCUGCAGUCUUCCAAGAGGAGAAGAUGCAUGCGCGUAUGGAUAUCCUCAAGGCGCAGAGCCAACCGGCCUCCGGUGAUCGAUCCGAGGUCGAUUCCGAGAAGAAGGAGGCGAAGGAGGAGGAGAGCGCAGUCCAUCUCUCCCUCAGUGGCUCCGCCGCCGCCACCGAGGUCGGCAUCAGGAACUUGCCGACACCGAAGCCGAGCCCUCCGGCGACCUCGCAGCUCAUUAUGUUUUAUGGCGGAGCUGUCAACGUCUACGAUGCCGUCCCUCCGGAAAAGGCACAGGCCAUCAUGCUCAUCGCUGCAGCCACGGCGGUGGUGGCGAGGGCUGCCGCCAAUAACACUGCUGCUGUGGCUGCUAUCGCCAAGCCCCCCGUGGUAGUUGGUCCAACUGCUGCCACAACUGCAGCUGCGGUGCCGGCUGCACCAGUGCUCACGAGGACUCUGUCAUUUCUCAGCUCUUCAGCUGCGUCGAAUGGUGCACCGACGCAGCCCCAACUUGCUCCCAACCCUAGCAGUCCUCUCUGCAAGCUGCAAGCUGAGCUCCCAAUUGCAAGGAGGCACUCACUUCAGCGCUUCUUGGAGAAACGUCAUGACAGGGUGGCGAGCAAAGCACCCUAUGCAUCCGUCAAGCCCUCGGACGAUGUGGAUGUGGCUUCUGAGGGACAGCCCCAACUCAUUUGAUCACUUUCUAAUGGUUGUACGUAUCUGGAAUCUCAUAGGCAACCAUGCAUUGACGUCUUGUUGUAAGCUACUGUGUUUAACUUGUAGUAGAUCGAUGAACUUUGUGUGUGAUAUGUAGUUCUGAAUGGCUAUCUGUCUUUGUAUUGCCAGUCCAUAAUGCUUAUGUGAUGAUGCUUCAGAACUGGAGGCCCUCUAAAUUGUUCUCUGAAACCUUGUUUACUGUGAAUUGAAUUCUGGAAAAUGGGAUUUUAUUAAUCAUAUUUUUGUA